AUGCCUAUAACAAUUGGGAGCUCAAUUGUAUCCCCAGUACUCCUCUCAAGGACUUGUUUGACUAAGCUAGAUACCACAAGAGCUUUUCUGUUGGGGAGUAAGUUCUCGACAAUCGCAAUAACUCUCUCUCCGAAGAAAAGUUGUAUUUCCUGCACUCUUGUCCGAUCGAAAUUGAGUCCAAAUGUUGGUGGUCCUGUUGAGAAGAAUAAAAAAGGGAAGAAAAUAGAACACCACUUGUGGAAAAGAAGAGAUUCAGCCCAGUCAGGCCAAAAGGCACUCACUCUUGUCAGAACUAUCUGUGAACUCCCUAAUGAGAAAGAGGCUGUUUACGGGGCAUUAGACAAAUGGACGGCUUGGGAAACAGAGUUCCCGUUGAUUGCAGCGGCUAAGGCUUUAAAACUAUUAAGGAAAAGGGGUCAGUGGGUUCGUGUAAUUCAAUUAGCCAAGUGGAUGUUGAGCAAAGGACAAGGAGCAACAAUGGGAACAUAUGACACCCUUCUUUUGGCAUUUGAUAUGGACCAGAGAGUAGAUGAGGCAGAAUCUUUGUGGAAUAUGAUUAUACAUGCCCACAUGCGCUCUGUCUCAAAAAAACUGUUUUCUAGGAUGAUUUCAUUGUAUGAUCAUCAUGAUUUGCCAGAUAAGAUUGUAGAGGUGUUUGCUGACAUGGAGGAGUUGCGGGUGAAACCUGAUGAAGAUACAGUCAGGAAAGUGACAAGUGCCUUAAGAAAGCUAGGCCAAGAAGAGAAAAGGAAAUUGGUAAUAAAACGAUAUGGGCUUAAAUGGAAGUAUAUUCACUUUAAUGGAGAACGGGUCAGAGUUACAACAAGUGUAUGGGAAGAAGACUAA